UGGAGGCCACCAGGGAACGAGACUCAUCUCCUCAACCUCAGCGUUGUGUUUCAGUGUGGACUCUCUCUUCAUCUGACGAGGAAAAGCACUGUGAUUCCUCUCUCUCUGUCUGACUCUGCUCUAGAUCCCGGUGCUCUCGGUUUCCUCUUCGUUCUCUCCCAGGUAAGAAACUCCAAGAGUAGAUAGAGCAAAAUGGAGGCCAUUAAGAAGAAGAUGCAGAUGCUGAAGCUGGAUAAGGAGAACGCCAUCGAUCGGGCAGAGCAGGCCGAGUCUGAUAAGAAGGAAGCAGAAGACAAGUGCAAACAGCUAGAAGACGAGUUGCUUUCUCUGCAGAAGAAACUGAAAGGAACUGAAGAUGAGCUGGACAAAUAUUCAGAAGCUCUCAAAGACGCUCAGGAGAAGCUGGAGCUGUCUGAGAAAAAGGCGACAGAAGCGGAAGGAGACGUGGCCGCUCUGAACCGCAGGAUCCAGCUGGUGGAGGAGGAACUGGACCGAGCUCAGGAGAGACUGGCCACUGCGCUCCAGAAACUAGAAGAGGCCGAGAAAGCAGCGGAUGAGAGCGAGAGAGGCAUAAAGGUGAUUGAGAAUCGUGCAGUGAAAGAUGAGGAGAAAAUGGAAAUUCAGGAGAUAGAGCUCAAAGAAGCCAAACACAUCGCUGAGGAGGCCGACCGCAAAUAUGACGAGGUCGCUCGGAAGCUGGUGAUUCUGGAGACUGAACUCGAAAGAGCAGAAGAGAGAGCAGAGAUCGCAGAACUUAAAGGUGGAGAUUUGGAGGAAGAACUGAAAAACGUAACCAACAAUCUCAAGUCCUUAGAAGCUCAGUCAGAUAAAUAUUCGGAGAAGGAGGACAAGUACGAAGAGGAGAUCAAAGUUCUUACUGAUAGACUGAAAGAGGUUGAGACUCGUGCUGAGUUUGCAGAAAGGUCGGUGGCCAAACUGGAAAAGACCAUCGAUGACCUCGAGGAGGAUGUGGCUGAGGCCAAACAGCAGAACCUGGAGAUGCAUCAAGUCCUGGAUCAAACGCUUCAGGAGCUCAACAGCUUGUGAGCUAACCAGAAGAAAUCCAUGAAGAACAUUCCAGAAUUUAUCAUCCAUUCCAGCAGCUUUAUGUUUAGCUUUUUAUGCUUUUGGAGUUUGUAUGUUGUAAGUUAUGUUAUUUCCAUCCAUUAAUUUUGGUUUAUUAUUUUCUGAUUAUUUUACUAUUAGUCCAUUAAGUAAUAAAUAAUGUCUAGUUGUUGCAAUUUGUCCCAUUUAUAAGAGUGCUGCAUGUUAAAUACACACUUCUGAAAUAAUAUGCGGCAUAAAACCAAAAUAUGCCUUUAAUAGUGUUUUAUGUUUUUAUACUUUAAAAUUAUGGCAUAUUAUUGUAUGUAAGAAUGUGUCCCUUUUACAGUUUUUAUUAUUAUAAUUUUUUUUUCAAUCUGUCUGCUGUGUAUGGUUAGGAAUGUUUUAUUUAUUCCUUUUGGAUUAACAUAAAGGCAGAAAUUAUACUUAAAACAGUGGAAACGCAACAACAAAGAGCAAUAAGUACAUCACAUUUUAGGAUUGAUGUUAGGAUAAUGUAAGGGAAUGUACCAAAAAAAAAAAAAGUUGUAAAGGUAUUGGAUUAUAGAUAUUUCUUUGAUUUUGGCAUAAAGACAUCUUUAUUAGUUUGUCAUUAAUGGGACCAUUUUGUGCCCUUGUUCCUGCAAGGGAUAUUUUCACUGUAGUUUGAUUUUUAUUUUAUUUUUAUGCCUGUAAAGCUAAAUAAAUGUUUACUUAUUUGCACACCACACAAA